AUGAACGAAGUGAAGGAAACUGCCGCGGCUGCUGCGACUGAAGGUAUUACUUUUGAAGAAUUCACUAAUAGAGCUGCUGUCGUUGGGUUGCACAACGAAGCUGAUGAAUGCGAAACUAUGGCUGCCGAACUCAUUGCUGCUGGGGCUCAGUUGCGUGUUCUCGCAUCUCGUGUUGAACUGACUGGCAACCUAGCUUUCAAUGAUAUAGACAACGGAUCUUCCAGCACAAAUAGGGAUAGGACAAAAUAA